CAGGCAGAUGAGUCGAGGCUUGCCGGCACUUUGACGUAGGCUGUGAAGUGUUUAUGCCGUCAAAAGAGAACUAUUACGUACUUCGGAAAUAUGGGUACCCUGGUGUGAGAUUACAUAUAAAUGUGUUUCUGUCUAGAGGGAAGGAAAAUGUUUGUCACAAGAGCUGAGAGAAGCCUACGCCAAGCUUAUGAAUGAUAUCUCCGAGCAGGAGCCUUGGUCUAAAUGGGUCCAAUUAUGCCUCCCAGUAAAAAGCCGGAAAGUUCCGGGGUCAGCUUCACGAACGGCCUGAGCCAGUUCUAUCAGGCGAGCUCCAUCACGCGUGCCCUGCAGGAGGCCGAGGAGAUGGACCUGGCUCUUCCCACCAUCAAACUGGAGAAGGGCAGCAUGGAGGACGAGGAACUCACCAACCUCAACUGGCUCCACGAGAGCAAGAACCUGCUCAACAGCUUCGGUGACCCCGUGCUGAGGAGCGUCAGCCCCGUCCAGGACUUGGAUGAUGACACCCCGCCCUCUCCGGCCCAUUCGGACCUCCCUUAUGACGCCAAGCAGAACCCGAACUGCAAACCCCCUUAUUCGUUCAGUUGCCUCAUCUUCAUGGCUAUAGAAGAUGCCCCCUCCAAGAGACUGCCAGUUAAAGACAUAUACAACUGGAUCCUGGAACACUUCCCUUAUUUUGCCAGCGCCCCCACGGGGUGGAAGAACUCAGUCAGGCACAAUCUGUCCCUCAAUAAGUGUUUUAAGAAAGUGGACAAGGACAGGAGUCAGAGUAUCGGGAAGGGCUCCCUGUGGUGCAUAGACCCAGAAUACAGACAGAAUCUCAUCCAGGCGCUGAAGAAGACGCCUUAUCAUCCUUAUUCCCAGGUGUUCGCCACGCCUCCCACCUCUCCUCAGGCAUAUCAAAGUAUGUCCAGUCCUCCAAUUUGGCCAGGAAGUCCCUUUUACAGAAAAAACAAGGGGGUCCUGCUACAAGUCCCUCAGGGAGUGAUCCAGAACGGAGCUCGAAUGAUGAGCCAGGGCCUCUUCCCAGGAAUCCGACCCCUUCCCAUCAACCCCAUUGUCAGCAGGACAGCCGCUGUCAGGUCAGUACUCGGAUACAGAUUAACCAGUGAUGACGAGCCAACCCGUAACUCUUCACUGGUCAGCAUUGACCCCAAGGAGGACCACACCUACAGUUUUGCCAAAUCUUCCAGCUCGGAUGUCGGAGAAGAUGUCCACUGCGACGGAAGCGAGUUGGACGAGGCCGAUGCCGAGGAAGACGACAAGAGCAAAAUCAAGAAGGAGCCAAAGGAGUGGUCCGUAGACGCCCUCGCUCUGGCCCAGCACAAGAAACGGCAACAUUUGACAAAAGUCAAACAGAGAGUGGCCAGUGACACUCUUCCUCUCAAAAAGAGGCGCACGGAGAAGCCUCCAGAAAGCGAUGACGAGGAGAUGAAGGAGGCGGCCGGAUCUCUACUUCAUUUGGCGGGAGUCAGGGCUUGUUUGAACAAUAUCACCAACCGGACGGCAAAGGGGCAGAAAGAGCAAAAAUAAUAAACUGACUAUUAAAAAGAGAGAGAGAGAAAAAAACAUCACUUUUAAUAGAAUUUACUAUUUUUUUUUCCAGGACAUCAGGUGAAUUCUACUGAUUUGUGGCAAUAUCAACAAUCACUUUGUUUUCCUAUCCUAAUAGGUAACAUUUUCCUGAGGGUUAACUUUUAGUUUGUUUUAUUGUGAUUUCUGUUUGUAAUCUAUGGAGAUUGAAGCCAUAGCAUUCCCUUUUUUUAAGAUAUCCAGCAAGUUUCAUUCGACUGAUAGAAAUAUAGCGAUAGUAAAAUAUGCCCUGCUCCAUUGUCAUACAGUAGAUAAAGGAAUAGCUCAUCCCAAAAUGAAAAUUCUGUCAUGAUUUACUCACCUUCAUUUCAUUACCAAACCAUAACACUUUCGUUUGGAAUGCAAAGGAUUUUUACCCAUGAAAUUAAAAUCUGAAAGAGUUCUGUCCCUCAAUUGAAAAUCUAGUCAACCAAUGUUCAUAAAGAGAACAAAAAAUUAAUCCAUGUGAAUGAAGUGAUUUGAUCCAAGUCUUCUGAAGAGACAUGAUUUCUUUAUAUGAUGCUUUUAUUCAAAUACAAACACCGAGCGAACUAAUUUGGUCACGAAGCUCAAGAACCAAUGAGGUUCAUUCCGGCAUCAUGCCAAUAAAUUUGAGCUUCUGCAAGAACCAAUGAGGUUUGCUCUUGGUUUUUUUUUUUCUUCAGAAGACCUGGAUUAAACUGCUUGAUUAAUUUAGAUCUUAAUGUUUUGAAGCAUGAAUAGACUUUCAAUGGGAGAGAAAUCUCUCAGAUUUAAUUAAAAUUAUCUUUAUUUGUGUUCCGAAGGUCUUAUAGUUUUGGAACAACAUAAGAGUGAAUAAAUGAUGACAAAAGAAAAAUUUUGGGGUGAACUAAUCUUUUAAAAACAUGACAGCAAAUUGAGUUUCCAGAGUAGUUCUCAAGUUAGUGAUAAUUAUGGGUUAUAGUAAUCUCUGGUGUAAUAUCAAUGUUUUAGAAGCACAGGGCAGUGCCAAAGACAAUCCUCAAGCAGUUUCUGUGAUGUCACUUCCCCCUGAUGCUCUGGCCGUUAAAGAAGACCAGCAGCAUUGUGUGGAAAACACUCCUGUCUGUAGUUGUCGUUUGGCUCGUAUGAAUCAUAGUUCACUGGGAUGAGAGUAAAGCCAUAAACUUUUGUCAAAGUGCUUUUUGGAGUCAAAAAAGUGAUUACAUUUAUCAAUAAGUCUCUCAAAACUGCCCCCAUUUUUUUUCUGAGCAAUCAAAUUGAGCGAUAUUUUCCAACUAAACCGAUAGUGGAUGGUGAAACUCUUUCUUCGGCACAUUGAAAAUGAAAACUCUUGAGCUAAAGCUACAAUACCUGCCAAGUUUAUUUUAAUAGCAGAAAAUAUUGACUGUGGAGUUGUUUUGUGUAUGUUCAUUUGUUUGUUUGUUUGUUUGUUUUUUCUAACCCUCAUGAUGUAAUAAGCAAUUUCAUCCGGUCAGGAUAAACACUGUAUAAAAGUAACACUAGACCAUUUUCCUUUCUUAAUUUAAGCAAUGUAGCCAGCAGGAUUUUCCAAAUCGUGUUGCAUGGGUUCUGUAAAGAAAAAGAAAACCGUAAAAAAAAAAAAAAAAAAAAACAAUUCAAAGUUCAUGUAAGGUAAAUGAUGUAUUUAGCAUGGAGCAUGAAUUAUUUUCAUAUAAAUUUAGAUCCUAGAGAACGAAGGCGCCGCUUCUAAAUUCUAUGCCAAUAGGCCUAGUCUCUUUCGUUGUUUUUGUCGGAUUUGAUUUCCAUUUGUCAUCCUCGUCGCCUUUGUGUUGAAGCGGGCAUCUUAACAACUACCUUCUUCAGGGACAAACACUGACUGUUGGGAAACUCUCUCUGCAAUACGAGGACUCAGGCUUGGACCACCUCGGUCCAUGCUUGUGGCCGCCCCGAAUACUCACGAAUACCCACUACGUCAAUGUCCACGUCGUCAAGGAGAAGUUCGUAGUGAGUGUCGGUCCCCUUCCGGCUUCGUGCCUGCUUUUCAUCCAUAUGUAAUCCCGAUGUGCGUGUCUGCGAUUUAUUCAGGGUCUUCCAUUUUGUUCUGCGAGACUUUGGAUCUACAGUUUUAUUUUUCCUGUAUUUACAUGUAGCACUGUUCAGGAGUCAUCAGUAUUGAUUCAGUUGUUCUUGGUACAGGCAUUCAGAUGGUUAUUUACGACUCCAUGCAUAUAUAUAUAUAUUAAAGCACUUAUAAAUAAUAAAAACAAGUGAUACCAGAGCUCAGUGCAAAUGCUAGUGUAUAUAUUCUCACGACCUCAACCAAUUGCACUUUUAUUGUUUUAAGGUGCAGUAAAAAACUUAAGGAUUCAGUGCCAAAGCCUGUAAUGACUCUAUACACUGCAAAACGGAUGAUGUAUACUUGAUAUGUCAGUCAUAAACAUGUCAAAAAGUUGUAGCAUUUCUGUCAAGUACUCAUGUAGAAGAUAUUCUCAGUCAUAUUUGUUGAUAUCGCUCUUCAUUGCUGUGUUUCAUGAAGUCACCUGCCUUCCCCGUUCAUCUGAUGAUGAUAAUGGUUCGACCCGAUGUUUUGUAGCGUGUUGAAUGUUAUAUCUGACCCAUGAGUGUUAAUGUGAUGUCUCCAGUUGGCAUGCCUUUCCCUAACCAAGCUAGACAUUUCUUGACUCAAAAUCACCCUGAUUAUAACCUUGUCUGCUGGUCUUUAUAAAGAUCUGUCAUAUCACAUUUCUGUUCAAUAUGCUUCAAACUGGGAAGCCGUUAGUACAGAGAGCCAUGAGUCCUGUAUACACUGCCUUUCCUUCAAAGACAACACUCACUACGGAACUUUUCCUUUUUUAGUUCUUUCAGAGGAACCUGAAACAUGUUAAAAAGCAUCAAGAAGAGCCAGCCAAAAAAAGAAAAAUGUUAAUAGGAGGCAAAGUGUUUCUUUUUCUUCCUGUUGUUUUGUUUUUUACUGCCAUUCUGUUAUGUUUUUGAGUUGUUUAAAAUGAAGGUAAUGGAGUCCAUUUGGUUUGUAAUGAAAUAUUCAGUCUGAUGGCAUGUGCACCCUGCUAAUAUGUCAAUAUAGAGGCGUUAUUGCUCUCUGUAUUUCCUUUGACUUGUAAUCAUAUUGCCAAAGACAACAAUUUUAUCAAUUAAUGUAUAUACCACUUUGUCUAUUGCCAUGACAAAUUCGAUUUGUUUUGGGUUUGUUUUAGUUUUUUUCUCCAACCCUACCAUCAAGUUUCUGUGAUUGUAUUGUCUUCCAGUUGCAAUAAAAAAAUGUAAAACGUUUUUUUGCAAAGGUGA